CGAGGGGCUCCUUUCGUGGCGGCUGGCGAGAGCUGAGUUUACAUAUUACUGCAAACAGCAGAUGUAGACAUGGAGAACCCUGAUGUUGAAAUCAAAGCACGCAAUCCAGUGCCAGUGCAGAUCACAGUGCUGAGAGGCAGGAACUUGUGUAUUCUAUUGUCCUUGCAGAAAGGAAGUAAAAUAGACAGUCCAGUGUCAUAUAUCCGUGCUGAUUAUAAUAACAUCCAUCUUGGAGACUCGGGGAAAUUUCAGGUAGCUGAAGGUGAAGUAGAGUACAAUUUCACAACGAACUUUGAUUGCUUAUUUGGUGCUCAAGGAUUGGACAACCUGGUGCAUAAACCUGUACUUUUAACAGUUCUUGAGGUUUUGCCUAAGGAAAAGAAAAAAAAAGAUGAGAAGGCUGUUGUACUUGGCCAAGCUACAGUGGACUUACUGCCUCUGGUUCAAGGAGAAUGUACGUUUACAAAGACUGUUAUAAUCCACCCUUUAGGCGGAGCUCCUUUAGAACAAACUAUAUCGGAUGAAAUUAAGGCUUUCCUGGAAGUUACUGUGUCUGUCCCAGAGCCUUUACUUUCUGAAGCUCAAUUAGAAGCAUCUAAUUUGCUGAGGAUCACUGCAGAGUCUGCUUAUUCAGUUCCCGAGAGCUGGAAUCCCACAGGACCACAAUUUAAUUAUAUAGUUACAUUAUUUCUUCCAGCAGCUACUCAGAAGGUGAUUUUUUCUAAUGGGAUUUUGAAAGCUGCAGGAGAAAAGGAGCCCAUUAUAAGAUCAAAGAGAUGGCCAAUAAGCAACAUUGUUGCAUCUGGGGCUCAGGAUAUUCCAGAUUCCUUCAUUGAGGUUUGUCCAUAUGAAGAUGAAGACGGGGAACUAAACAGCAAAGAGGACUGGGCAUUUAGAACGGAGGCAGAAAAUUUGAAGAAGCGUGUCACAUGGAACAUUGAGCAACGCUGCUUUAUGGAGCCUGAGGCUUUGUCGAGUUUACAGAAGCAUAUAGCAGACACAACUUACUUACCUGUGGAGGUCAAGCGUGUGCCAUUAGCUGGUCCGACUAAAGGAGGGAAAAGCAGUAAAAUAGAUAAGACAGAGGAUGAGGGUCCUAUUUCCUUUCAUGGAAUAGCAUAUAUAAAUAUGGCACCUUUACUGUAUCCAGGUGUGAGGCGGAUUCGAGGAGCAUAUCCAAUAGUCUCUUAUAAUGAGGCUGAAAUAUUUGAAAAGACAAAACGUAAAAAGAGCUUCUCACGGGAGACAUCUGGAGGGAAGGGACUAUCUCAACAUUAUAAAAUGUCUAUUAGUAAAUUCAAGGAUGAAAAGACAACAAGGGAAACCGGGAGGAAGAGCUCAGUGAAUGUGAAGUCACUUAUCGCAGAACAUGAAUUUGAACAUGAAACUUUAAAUUCACUUAACACGGAAGGAGAUCAAUAUGCAGAGACAAGGACAUAUAUUGUUCUGGAGUUUAGUUUGACUAAACCUCUGGUCCAGAAGCGACUUCGAGAGGAUCUGGCUCAAAGGAUCGCAGAGAUGAUACCUCCUCGGCCAUUGUUGCCUCGUAGGACAAGUGGAGCAGAUAAGGCUGUCACAGACUACCAUAAUCAGAUAAUCAGUGUAGCUAGGAUCAUUAUGGAUGAAUACCAGGAAAUGUUUGGGCGGAAGCUACUUGAAGGCAAACUCUCAAAUGAAUUCCAGGAUCAAGAGGAGCGUAAACAAAAGCUUAUGUUUGAGCUGAACACCUCAGGAAAAUAUUUUGCUUUCAAGGAACAGCUAAAGCAUGCAGUUGUGAAAAUUGUGCGAGAAAAAUACUUACGGACAGUGGCCUUUGAGGAUAGAGAACAGCUUCAGACAUUCCUUAAUGAGUUGUAUAUUUACUUGGUUGAUCAGAUGCACUGUUGUCUGCACAAGAUGUUGCAUGUGGAUCCUCCGGAUCCUAUUCCAGAAUCAUUUCUUAGUUCUGCUCAAUUAAAACACUUCGCUAAAGAAGCUGAAGCGGGCAAAAACUUUGAACUUGCAAAUAAAUACCAUUUAGAGCGAUUAACACGUGACAAGUCAAGUCCUGACCACUGGUUUGACUAUGGUACUUUCUACCUCUUGUUAAAUGACUAUGUCAAAGCAGAAGAAUGCUUCCAUAAGGCUAUUGCAGUAGAUCAAGAGCAUGUAAAUAGCCUUAUCCUGUGUGGUACUCUAGCAUGCAUGAAUGAAUACUAUGAAGAAGCAGAUAAUUUCUUUGAGAGUGCCAGAUGCUUUGAACCAAACAACAUAUUAGCUUGGACCAUGCAUGGAUUGUUUUAUGAAAGUCAGGAUCAGACAAUUCUAGCAGAAAUGGCUUUUUCAGAGGCAAAAAAACUUCAAACGGUAACUGAAACACUGAAAAAGUCUCUGGAUGAAGUGGUUGUUGAUAAAGCAAAAAUAACCAAGGUUCCAGAAACUGAACCUAAGGAAGAUAAAAAAGAUCCACAAAUUGCCUUAGUUCAAAGUGAACCUGUAAUUUCUGACAGCAUUAGUGCACGCUCCAUUGCAACCCCUGAAGAGAUGGCUACCAACGCAAUUCCAAAAUCUGAUUCUUCAACUAGCCAAAAAAGAAAGAAGUCUAUUGAUGAAGAAACAAAACAAAACACUGUUCCCAUUGGCAGUCCCUUGAUAACAAAGCAACAAAAACCUGUACCCAUUCCAGUGGCUAAACAGCCACCAAAAGGGACUACUUCUGACUUUACAAGAAGUAUUUACAUGCAGACAGCAAUGUUUCUGUUGGAGGUUAAUGCAUUGCAGUUUGUAUCAAGAGCUUUGGCACAUGAGCUGAUUUGCAGCGAAAGUGGGUUAAGUUGUGAAUAUCACGUGGUUCUUGCUCGACUUCAUAUGCAGCAGGGGGAAUUUGGAAAAGCAGAAGUAUGUCUUGCAGAAGCAGAACGUAUCAAUCAUCAGAAUCCAGACCUGUGGGCUUUAUUAGGACAUUUAAGCUACAUGAAAGAAGACUAUGCCAAGGCUAAAGAACUUUAUGCACGCACGCUGUGUUACGUAAAUGAUGCAUUUGACAUGCAUGCCAUCUGCUUAAGACUAGGAUCCAUGUAUCUGCUGGAAAACGAGAUUGAGUCUUAUAAAUCGGCAAAAUCUGUCUACCUCUUUGCCUCUCAGAGAGCACCAUCCUGCUUGACUUGGCUAGGAGUUGGCAUUGCCUGCUAUAGGCUUAAUGAAUUGACGGAUGCUGAGGAUGCUCUUUGUGAAGCAAAUAUCCUGUGUAACUCUAAUGCAGAAGUCUGGGGCUAUCUCACAUUAGUAUGCCUAAAGACAGGGAGAAAAUUGGAAGCAGAGCAGACCUAUAAAUAUGCAUCAAAGUUAAAUCUUGAAGAUAAACGGCUUCUUGAUGAGAUUCAUCAACUACAGCAAACACUUGGCUUUGGAAACCCUUCACUUUAAAUCCAUGGAACCUUCAGACCUGCAUUAACCCAGCACUAUUUGAUAGUCAAUUAUUUUUCUUGUACCAAUUACCUUUAUAAUACAAAUUAAAGUUAUGAUUUUAGUUAAUACAUAGCCUGUCUGCACUUUAGUGUAUCCUCAAAAAUGAAUGAA